AUGGCACGUCAAGCGGUUGCUCUAGCUCUAAUCUUCAUCGCCGUCUUCGGUGCGGUGGCUUCCGCCCAAUUAGCACCUACCCAUUCUCCGGCCGCCGCUCCAUCCAAGUCCAAAGCCCCCAUCUCCAGCGUCGCCGCCACCCCCAAGGGAGCCGCCGCCCAAGGGCCAUCUGCUUCUUCCAACGCCGCCGCACCGGAAACUUCCCCCGCCGCCUCCCCCGAGGAUGGCCCAUCAUCUGAUUCACCCGUCGCCGCCGCCGACGGAAGCACCCCCAGCGAAGCUCCCGAUGCAUCUGAUGCUCCCACGGCCGCCGAUGUACCCAGCCCCAGCGCAGCCGCCGCUGAUGCGCCCACCCCAAGCGACGCCGCAGCUGACACACCCAAGCCGAAUGGUGCCUCCUCCUUGAAGAUAUCCGCCGCCGUCGGAGCUACCGCCGCCGCCGGAUUCUUCUUCUUCUGA